GUGCUGAUACGACUGCUGUGUAGUGUGCCCAAGUUCUUCAGAUGGCUCUCGGAGCGCUAUCCCGCAAUCUCGCAGGUGAUUGCGGAGAAUCGGAUUCCUGAAUUCGAUUGUCUCUAUCUCGAUAUGAACGGCAUCAUUCACAACUGCACACAUAAAGAUGCGGGCGAAGAUGCCACCUUUCGACUCAGCGAAGAAGAAAUGUUCAUCCGCAUAUUCAACUACAUCGAACACUUGUUCGGAAAGAUCAAGCCUAAGAAGCUUUUCUUCAUGGCGAUCGAUGGCGUCGCCCCUCGUGCCAAGAUGAACCAGCAGCGUGCUAGACGAUUCCGGACGGCUUUGGAUGCUGAAAAGGCUCGCGAAAAGGCGAUCCGGGAAGGAAUAGAGCUUCCAAAAGAAGAACCAUUUGACAGCAACUGCAUUACGCCAGGUACCGAAUUCAUGGCCAAGCUGUCCCAGCAACUCCGAUACUUCGUGAACAAGAAGGUCUCCGAAGACACCGAUUGGCAAGGAUGCGACAUUGUCCUGUCCGGGCAUGAAGUUCCCGGUGAAGGAGAGCACAAGAUCAUGGAGUACAUUCGAAAUGCGAAAGCGCAGCCAGACUACGACCCAAACGUACGACACUGUCUUUACGGACUCGACGCUGACCUCAUCAUGCUGGGGCUUCUCAGCCAUGAUCCUCACUUCUGUCUGCUGCGUGAAGAAGUUACCUUCGGACGAGCGUCCAAGACGAAGUCAAAGGAACUAGAACACCAGAACUUCUACUUGCUCCAUCUCUGUAUUGUGAGGGAAUACCUGGAAAUGGAAUUUCAGGAGCUUCAGGAGGAAGGUGUCUUGUCUUUCCCCUUCGACCUCGAAAGAGUCAUUGAUGACUUCAUCUUGAUGGCGUUCUUUGUUGGAAACGACUUCUUGCCCAACCUUCCCGGCCUACACAUCAACGAGGGCGCUUUGGCCAACAUGUUCAGGAUAUACAAGUCUGUGCUGCCACAGUGUGACGGCUACAUCAACGAGAAUGGUGUUAUCAGCAUGCCUCGUCUGCAGCGCCUGCUUGAAGAGCUUAGCAAGACUGAGCUAAGCCAGUUCGAAGACGAAGUUUCGGAUCAGAAGUGGUUUGCAUCCAAGCAGAUGGAGAAGACGCUCGGAGAGAGGAACGGAACCAAGCCAAGGUCUCAGAAGAACAACCAGCUCAUCAUUACGUCCUUUCAGAGGGAUCUGUGGAAGCAAAAGAUUCGGCCCUUCAUCUCAAAUAGGUCUCAACAACCACUCGACUUGGGACCCGACCUCAAGGCAGAGGAUCGAAAGUUCGUUCAGGACCUUGCCGAGUCUAUGCGUCUUCAAUGGUACACCGAGGAGGACGAGGAAGGUAACCGUCGCCUGAAGAUCGCAUUUCCCCCUAAGAAAGAAGGCAGCGAUGACGAGGAGGACGAGGAGGAAGGCAAUCUUGCUGCCUACCGUGUCAUGAAAUCCUACGAUAAAGCGACAGUUGUUGACGUCACUCCUGAAGAUGCCCAGAAGCAUUAUGAGGAGCUGUACCAACAGAAAUACCAAGGUUGGAAGACCAAGUAUUACCUGCAAAAAUUCGAGGAGUGGCCUCAAGACAAGUAUGAGGAAGAGCAGAAGAAACUCUGCGAGAACUACGGCGUGGGUGCCGACCUAAACUUCAAAAAGGGCCAACCUUUCAAGCCUUACGAACAGCUCAUGGGAGUGUUACCAGACCGAAGCAAGAAAAUCGUGCCAACGGUCUAUCACGAUCUAAUGACCAACCCAAACUCCCCCAUCGUCGACUUCUACCCGAGGGAUUUUGAACUAGACAUGAACGGCAAAAAGAUGGAAUGGGAAGCAGUGGUGAAGAUUCCUUUCAUUGACGAAACGCGCCUUCUCACUGCCAUGGCUCCCAAAAACGAGCUCCUAAGCGACGACGAAAAGGCACGAAAUGGCUUUGGAGUUCCUAUCAAAUUCACCUUCUCCCCGGAAGUGAACUUUACCUAUCCUUCCCCCCUCCCCGGCGUCUUUCCGGAUAUCCAGUAUUGCCGCUGCAUUGAGAAUAUUUUCGACUUGCCCAGUAUGGAGGGGCUGGAAUACGUCUCAGGGCUGACAAACGGGGCUUUGGUGAACAUCAGAGCCCUUGCCGGCUUCCCAACCAUGCACACGCUGCCAUACUCGGCGCAGCUGGUGGAGGGAGCCGGAGUCAAUGUUUUCCAGCAAGACAGCAGGAAUCCAAGCAUCAUCGUCACUCUCACCGAGACUGAGCAGCGGACAAAGGUUGAAACUUGGAAAGCAAAGAUGGGACAGCGUUGCUUUGUGGGCUAUCCUUUCCUCCAAGAAGCCAAAAUCGUCAAAGUGCAAGACGAACUCUUUACCUAUGAGCUCGCUGAGAAUGAACAAGACAUCGUAACGAGAGACCACAGCAACAGAGAGGCUUCCGAUUACGCAAAAGAAGCCGAGUUCCUGGAACACUGGCAUGCCAAGCGUCUGGGCAUCACGAUUGGUCAGGUCGAAUGUCUUAUCCAUGUUCACAUGCUCAAGGGCCUUAUCAAGACCGAAGAUGGCGCUCUGAUCAAGGAAUAUGCCGAAAACCCGAGCUUGCGCAAGGUCUACGCGUCUCAGACCAUCGUGGAGCAAGUGGUUAACGAAGAUGAGCGCUUCAUCGAGAGGGCGGCCCUUCCAAUCGAGGAAGAAUUUCCAGUCGGAACAAGGGCUUUCUUCCUGGGCGAAUUCGCCUAUGGCCGCCCAUUGGAAGUGACGGGACAUGUGAAUGGAAAAGCAGAGGUUGUUGUCGCCGUCCCGAAGAACAAAGAGCCGGAUGUCACCAAGCAGAUGAUCAUGCAAGCGGAACGCAGCAACCCGUACACGCCCUCAUUCGCGAUUGCCAAGAAGUUAGGCAUUCACCCCCUCAUCCUCAGCAAGAUCACGUCGUCCUUCCAGGUCAUUAGCAGUGCCGGCUUGAAGCUCAAUUUGGGUCUCAACUUGAAGUUCGAGGGUCGAAAGCUCAAGGUGCUGGGAUACUCACGCAAAUCGGAGACGGGCUGGGAGUUCUCGAACCAAGCUGUAAAGCUUAUCGCCGAUUACAUGGUAGCUUUUCCCGACUUCUUCGCGGCGAUCCAGAAAGAGCCGCAAAGGAGCGAGAUAUACGAAAACGACCUGUGGAAGGACCCAAGCGUCGCCUCUCAGAGGAUCAAGGACAUUGUGGCAUGGCUAAAGAAGCAGGAGACGAGCAAGUUUGAGCGAGUUCCGCUCGACGCAGAGCAGCUGGACUCAGAUGUCGUCAUGUCCUUGGCUAAAGUCGGGGAGCAGUUGCACCAGGCGACCUUGGAGUUUACCCCCAAGACGCUCAGCGGUGUGCCCCGUACGGCUCUUUUGAAACCGGCAGACGCUGAGAUGGUACUGGGCAACCAGGUCUUCAAGCUAGGAGAUCGAGUCACUUUCGUCGCCGCCGCUGGCAAGGUUCCUCUUGCGACUCGGGGAACUGUGGUUGGAAUCUCCCGUACGGCGACUGCUGUUCUGCUGGAUGUCGUCUGGGACGUUCCCUUCAUGAGCGGCACGACCCUUGGCGACAGAGCCCCAAUGUUCCGUGGGCAGACGGUGUCAUCGUCUACUGUGCUGAACACCACAAACUGGCAGGUCGUCUCUGCGUCGUCCAAGUCGCGACAGAGACGCGCUGCUCCAGCGACUCAAUCCUUUGGAGCCUACGGCUCAGUCGGCGUCACGCAGUACAAGGAUUCGCCGGCUCCUCCCCCCUUGCGCGGCGGAUGGCGUGGAGCUGCUUCUGGCAACUCAGCGUCAAAUGGCCGUGGGCGGAACAGCCCUGGCCGCGGCGCGGCGCGCGGCGGUGGCCAGCCAAACCUACUGCAUAGCACUAUGGUCUAUCGGCCAGGCCCGCAGGGAGGAAGCCCAGGCGGCGGCGAUGCUAAUCAGGCUCAGAAUGUUAACGGCCGGGGAGGUGGCAACGGCAGAGGCCAAGGGCGUGGUCGUGGCAAUGGCAAUGGCGGCAACAGAGGUUCCUUUGCUCCCCAAGCUGGGUCUGGACGAGGCCAGCCGACAAGCUAUAACAGCGUACCGCCUCCUGCAAGCCUUGAUGCACCGCGAGGUGGACGUGGAGGCCGCGGAAGGGGAGGCAGAGGACGUGGCGCAGGCAAUCCUCAACGUGGCCGCGACGGAACCGUGGCU